UUUGACUGCGGCGCCAAGAACCCGAGCUGGGCCAGCAUCACCUACGGGGUCUUCCUGUGCAUCGACUGCUCCGGCGUCCACAGGUCCCUGGGCGUGCACCUCAGCUUCAUCAGGUCCACAGAGUUGGAUUCUAACUGGAACUGGUUCCAGCUGAGGUGUAUGCAAGUGGGCAGCAACGCCAAUGCGACUGCUUUCUUCCGCCAGCAUGGCUGCACUACCACAGAUGCCAACGCUAAGUAUAAUAGUCGAGCUGCCCAGAUGUACAGGGAGAAGAUUCGGCAGCUGGCAAGUGCUGCCAUGGCCAAAUAUGGCACUGAUCUGCUUAUAGAUGGACUGAGUGGGGCCCUUGGGCACUCUCCUGACAAAAGUGAUGCUGAUUUCUUCAUGGAGCACACACAGUCUUCUAGUACCUGGGAUGUAGCAGAUGCCAGCCAGAAUCCUGCAGAGUCUUCCUCGGAAGUGGAAAAAGCAGCAAAGUCAUCAGAAGGCAGUGAAGUGUUGAAUUCCAGCCAGGGCCCCUCUAUUGACUUGUUGAGCACGUCUCCUAAACCUCUUCUAGAACUUAAGUCCUCGCUCAUUGGAAAGAAGAAGCCAGGAGCUGCCAAGAAAGGGUUGGGUGCAAAAAAAGGUCUUGGAGCCCAGAAAGUGAGCAGCCAGAGCUUCAGUGAGAUUGAGCGGCAAGCCCAGGUGGCAGAGCAGCUGAGGGAGCAGCAGGCAGUGGAGUCCAGGAAACAAGCAGAGGAGUCCAUAGUCACCUCAAUGCGACUGGCUUAUCAGGAGCUGCAGCCAGAUCGGAAGAAGGAAGAGAAGAAACUUCAGAACCUUGAAGGGAAGAAGCGUGAACAAGCAGAGAGGCUGGGCAUGGGCUUGGUGUCUAGAAGUUCUGUUUCACACUCGAUGAUGUCUGAGAUGCAAGUAAUUGAGCAGGAGACGCCACUGGCUGCAAAAUCUUCCCGCUCCCAGCUGGACUUGUUUGAAGAUGCUGGAGGCUUCACAUCUGGACCCCCUAAGUACAAACAUAAUCCCUUCUCAUUUGAAGAUGCAUUUGGCUCGCGAUGGGAAACGGACUCUUCCUGGGGUAUGGACAAAGAGGAAGAACCUGAGGUGACCAUUUCCAGUAUUCGGCCAGUUUCAGAGAGACCCACCAGUAGGUGGGAGACAGAGAACAGGACAUCGGUUGUGGAAUCCAAUGAGGCUCGGCAGAAGUUUGCAGGGGCUAAAGCUAUCUCUUCAGAUAUGUUCUUCGGGCGGGAGACAGAUGCUGAGUAUGAAGCCAGAUCCCGACUGCAGCAGCUCUCAGGCAGCAGUGCCAUCAGCUCUGCAGACCUGUUCGGAGAAGCUGAGAAUGUGCACUCAGGUGGCGUGUCAAUUGGAAGUGUCCUGCCUGCAGCUGACAUUGCACAGUUCAAGCAAGGAGUGAAAUCAGUUGCUGGCAAGAUGGCUGUCCUAGCCAACGGGGUGAUGAACUCCCUCCAGGAUCGUUAUGGCUCAUAUUGAUGACCCAGGGACUGCAACUAAAAGGGAAGCCGGCAAGACGUACUGAUGCCACCUCUGCCUGGAGUAAACUGCAGGAUUGUUUUAGUUUGUCUGGGGUGGGUGGGGAGGGGAGAAGGUAAGCAGAGGGGGUCAGGACAUGGCUGUGCCCAGGAUGCUUUCCAAAUAUCUCUGGAUUCCACUCUAUUAAAAUUCAAUGUGCCCUCAUACCCACUGCUAUCUACUAGCCAGUGGAGACAGGCUUUCUUGCAGGGUUAAUCUCACUGCUGUAAAAGAUGACAAGAACUCCCAGGCUCCCUUC